AAAACGUAUUUGCUGUUUGUGACAUACGCGUACGUACAUACAAAUAAUAAAUACAAUUUUAAAUUUUAAUUUUACAAUGAGUGAAAAUAGCAAAUCCCUUCGAAUAGACUGGUUUGAUGGAACAGUUAUAGAAGAAACAAGGCCUAAUACGUCACAGUUUUCUGAAGAAGAAUCCACGGAACCUAAACCUUUGCCUAAAUUGCAAGACAUAGAGAAAAAACCAAUAGGUUUUAAAAGAUUAAACGAUAUAUCAUUUUUAAAUCCACCACUUUUGAAUUUGGAACUGUCCAAUAGGCCAGGGUUUUGGCUACUUUUAAAUGGGGAAUUAAAAGGAGAUUUUAUCGUGUUAUUAGUAAAAAUAUUCAGAUCUGUAUACAAGUCAUUAGAAACAAAUGAUAAGUCGAAAAUUGUUGUUCUAUUAAGAAAUAAAUUUGAAAAGUCUGACUUUUUGGUCAAGUUAACGGAAUAUUUGAAAGCUUUGCCACAAGUCAAAACAGUUGAUAAGCGAAUGAAUACAAAAUUAUGGGAUGAUGUUGAAUCAUUUUAUUUUUCUGUCGUUGACUUUUGUGAAUCUAUAUUUUUAUUCGGUGGGCAUACCAAAGAAUAUUUAAAAUUAUUAUAUGAGAUAUUGGAAACAACAGAGCUGAGUGCAAUUGGUGUCCAGGAGGAACAUAUGGAGCCAAUUAAUGAAAGGUUUUAUGAAAAACAACUUCAACUGAAAACUGCACUUCAAGUAUCAAUUAAUGAAGAUCAAAAAGCUGAAAUUGAAGUUAAAAAUGAUGACCCCAACAGCUUUAGAAAUCUUAACAUUUUUCCAACAAAAGCAGACUUACUUGGAAAUAAUAAUGUACAAAUUGUACCGAAUAUAAUUAAUGGUGCUUACACUAGUGUUGAGCACUACUUGGACUUGCAAUUUAAAUUGCUAAGAGAAGAUUGCUUUGGACCACUUCGACAAGGAAUAUGUAAGUACAUGGAAAAUCCGAAAAAAAGGCGACAUGAAAAUAUUAGAGUGUAUCCAAAGGUGCGUGUGAUUAGAACAUAUGUUAGUAAUAAUAAGGUGGGCUACCUUGUUGAUAUAGCAUGGAGUGAGCGCCUCACUAAUGUAUCAGUGGAUUUCAAAAACUAUGCUUAUAACAAAAGGCUCAUGUUUGGUUCCUUGUUACUGUUUACCAGUGAUAACUUCCAGAAUAUUCUAUGUGCUUCGGUACUAGAUUCGAGAGUGGAGCUACUGAGUAAUGGUUAUAUAGCAGUAUCCUUUGAUAGUCCAAUGUCUAAUACUAUAUUCUCAGAACAAUUCCUUAUGGUUGAGAGUGAAGUCUUCUUUGAACCUUAUCAUAGAGUUCUGAAAGUAUUACAAGAUGCCAACACAGAUGAUAUGCCGAUGAAAAAGUAUAUUGUUGAUGUUCAGAGAGAAACAAGGCCACCCGCCUAUCUAACAUCUGAAACAAUUUACAGCAUAGAAAAUGAUAAAUCAGAAGAAAUCUGUUUUCCAGUACUCAAUAAAGACCAGUGGCCGUCAGAAAUAUCAUUUGAUCUAGAUGUAUCUCAAAUGGACGCGUACAAUUUCGCCCUUACAAGAGAAUUCGCUGUGAUACAGGGACCUCCUGGUACUGGAAAAACGUUCUUAGGGGUCAAAAUAGCUUCAACACUUCUUAGGAAUCUGUCCUUUGAAGGGACACCUAUGUUGAUAAUUUGUUACACGAAUCACGCCCUAGACCAGUUUCUUGAAGGCAUACUAAAAGUUACAGACAGUAUAGUCAGACUGGGAAGUCAGAGUAAAAGCAAGAUCUUAGAGCCAUAUAAUUUAAAUAACAUGAGGCUCAAGACGAAAUCAAAAUACUCACAUCUAUACGCAAGUAAGAGAUCCGAAUUGGAGAGAAUAUUUAAAGAGAUGACAGAAGUACAGGAUGAUUUAGAAAAAUGCGAAAAAGAACUAAUCAGUUAUAAAACAAUAAAACCUUAUUUGAAAAUUUCUGGAAAUUUACUAGAAUUAAAAUGUUCUGAUGAGGAUGCUAUACUGGAUUGGCUUUUUAAUCUAGAAACAAAUGACGAAACAGAUGAAUUAGACGAUUGGGAAAAGCAGUAUGAUGAAGUAAAUGUAACAGAUAAAAUAGAAACUUGCUUUUCUGAAGAAUGGGCUCUAAAAGAAAUAAGUUCGAUGCGCAAUAGCAUCAAAUACGUCAAGGAUAUGUCAGAAGAUUUGAAAGGAGAAACGAUUAUAAAUAAAUUCGAAUUACAAAUCGAGAAAAUUAAUAAUCGACUCAACUGUUUUAAGAAAUAUAUGGCAUCUAAUUAUGUAGAUAAAGAAAAAACCAAGUUACAAGAAGUCACUGACCCGUAUAAGCUGUCGCAAGAUGAAAGAUGGCGGCUUUACUCGAAUGCAGUUGAAGUCGUCAAGAGCGAUUUAAUGGUCAAGCUUAAUGAUUUAAUGGCGCGGCGCGGCGCGUGCGGCGCGGAGCUGCGCGCGCAGGCGGCGGCGGCGGACGGCGCGCUGUGCGGCGCGGCGCGCGUGGUGGCGCUCACCACCUCGCUGGCGGCGCGGCGCCACCUGCUGCUGCGCCGCCUGCGCUCGCCCAUAGUCAUCGUGGAAGAGGCGGCUGAAGUAUUGGAAGCUCAUAUCAUAGCGUCCCUGACGAGUAAAUGUCAGCAUUUAAUACUUAUAGGUGACCAUAAACAACUAAGACCAACCGCAGCACAUUAUGAAUUAGCAAGAAAUUAUAAUCUAGAAAUUUCUCUAUUCGAACGUAUGAUACGUAAUAAAUUACACGCACGUACUUUGACCGUACAGAGACGGAUGCGUCCACAUUUCGCUGAACUUUUGGUGCCCACGAUAUACGACAAAUUGGACAGUCACCCUAGCGUCCUGGCUUAUCCUAAGAUAAGAGGAAUGAAAGACAACCUGUUUUUCUUUAGUCAUGAAUAUUUGGAAGAUUCUGAGGGCUUAGACGACAGUUGGAGUCAUAAAAAUACAAGGGAAGCUGAGUGGUGCGUCUCGUUGGCUAAUUAUUUGCGUCGGAUGAAGUACGAAUCGAAUGAUAUCACAAUCUUAGCAACGUAUACCGGACAAGCCACCGCCAUCAAGGAGAUAAGUAAGAAAUAUCCCACACUUCGGGACGUUAAAAUCACAGUUGUGGACAAUUAUCAAGGGGAAGAAAAUAAGAUUGUGAUAUUGUCUCUGGUAAGGAGCAACAAGGAGGGCAGUAUUGGGUUCCUGACGGCGCCCAAUAGGAUCUGUGUCGCUUUAUCUAGAGCCAAGGAAGGUUUCUACAUAUUUGGUAAUAUGAAUGUCCUACAAGCGGCGAGUCCAAUAUGGCGGGAUAUUAGAGAUAAAUUAAAGGUACAAAAUGCUAUUGGGAAAGAAAUACUCCUGCAAUGUGACAAGCAUAUGGAUAAUACUUUAAAUAUAUACUCCGUUAAAGACUUAGACGAUUGCUUAGAAGGCACAUGCUUCAGAAAAUGUAAAAAAUAAUUGUUAAUAAUUUAAUAUUUCCAAAUGUCUAUGAAUAUUUAAAACUAUAUUUACACUGUAAAUAAGUCAUACUUCUG